UCUUGGGACUCGGCUGGGGACGCCGGGAAGGCCAGUGGACCAAGGCCAGGAGCGGCGGUUGGGUUUGGUCGCGGCUGUUGACACCAUGUCCCGCGUGUCGGUGCCUUGCCAUGUGAAAGGCACCGUGGCCCUGCAGGUGGGCGACGUGCGAACCUCCCAAGGCCGGCCUGGUGUGCUGGUCAUCGAUGUCACCUUCCCCAGCGUCGCGCCCUUCGAGUUACAGGAGAUCAUGUUUAAGAAUUACUACACAGCCUUUUUGAGCAUUCGUGUUCGCCAGCACACCUCACCGCACACACCGGCCAAGUGGGUGACCUGCCUGCGGGACUACUGCCUCAUGCCUGACCCACACAGUGAGGAGGGAGCCCAAGAAUAUGUAUCGCUGUUCAAGCACCAGAUGCUGUGUGACAUGGCCAGAGUACUGGAGCUGCGCCUGAUUCUGCGACAGCCAUCACCACUGUGGCUGUCUUUCACAGUAGAAGAACUGCAGAUUUACCAGCAGGGAUCAAAGAGCCCCUCCAUGACCUUCCCCAAGUGGCUCUCCCACCCAGUGCCUUGUGAGCAGCCUGCUCCCCUCAUUGAGGGUCUCCCAGACCCCAGCAGGGUAUCCUCCGAGGUGCAGCAGAUGUGGGCGCUGACAGAGAUGAUCCGGGCCAGUCACACCUCCACAAGGAUCGGCCGCUUUGAUGUGGAUGGCUGUUAUGACCUGAACUUGCUUUCCUACACUUGAACCAUGGCUCUUAGCCAAGAUGUUGGCCUUCCAUGCCCACCCAGACCUGGUUUAGGCCACCAGAGGCUGAAGUGCUUUCCCUGUGCAUUACAAGUGUUGCCUGCAUGCCCACUGUGUCUGGGCCACGUUCACAGAUUCAAGAUUCUUGGGGGCUAAACUGAGUUGCUUCAGCAUGAGUUCUCAGCAGGGAUGUACUCUGUCCUCAUCUGACUGCAACCUGAAACUCCUUUUCCUACCCUGAAAACAUUCCAGUUCUGUUUACUAAGAAUCCCCUUCUGCCAACAUGCACA